ACAUUCAGGUGAGUGCACUUAAUAUAAUUUGGGGUAUUGCAGGAAAAAUUAUAAAUUCCUAAAGUGUUUUUUACUUCCUGACAUGUUUAAAAUUAUUAUUCUCUAUGAGGGUUGUUUGAUACUGCAAGUAGUUUAUCAUGUUUAACAUGUGGAUAUGUUAGGAUUAUUUAUUACAAAUCUGUAAUAUUGAGAUACUGCCCUUGGGUUAGCUGGAUUAAAAAUACAGUGAAAUUUGUUAGGUUAGUAACAUUAUACGUACAGUGAUUCUAAGUACAGUGGAAUUUACAUUUGGUUAGCUUAGGAUAGCGCCAAUUAAAAAUUCUGUAAAAUCAAUUGAACGGUUGGAUGUUACUAACAUUAUCUAACCAACCAAUAUACAUUUUACAGUGUUUUUUUAGGUUAUUAUCUCACGUUGCUGCUUUUUGUAUGCAAAAUAAACUUUGGACACUUUUUUUUUAACUUUAAAUAUGUACCUGUAUUUACUCUGAAAAAAGUUUUUCUAAAUUCAGACUGGUUUUUGAGAAAUCACUGUUUAUAGGUUACAUUACAUUACCUGUGCAGUAAAGGGCCUGUAACCAUGUUGUUCUUUAAUUGAGUUGCAGAUCCUGUUGUUUUUCAUACACAAAUUGUAUAUUUUUUAUUUGGAUAUUGCAAUGCAGUAACGUAAUUUAACACUUUAAAAAAGUUAUGUGACUCCUUAUUGUGCAUUCCAAACCCAAAGCAUCAGUCCUUGAGAGCGAUAUUUUUUAGCAGCUGAUAGGUGCAAAAUUCUGAUUUUUUACGUGAGACAACACAUAACCUGACAUAUAAAAUAAAUUUUCAUUUUGUAAUAAAUGAUUCCUUUUAUAACGUCAGGUUACAUGCUAUUGCAGGUAACUAAUCUGCACUUUGCGCCUCCAUACUGCUAUAAAAAAUCCCUGUCAAGGGUUGGCGUUUUGGUUUGGAUACACAUUAGAGACUCGUAACUUUUUAAAAACUAUUAUUUACGUUUCAUUAGGUUAUAAUAUUCAAAUAAAAAAUAUAUAAAUUCUUAUAUAUAUGGAAAACCACAGGAUCUGCAAUGCAAUUAGAGGGAAAAAUGGCGACAGCUGCUUCACUGCAUAAGCUAUCUAGUGUGCAAAAUGUGAUUUCUUGAAAACCAGUAUAAAUUAAGAAAAGCUGUUUACAGUUUUAAUAGAGGAAGGUUUUUAGUGUCUGAAAAGGUAUUUUCAAAAUUUUAUAAUUUUUUUUAUGGAUAAGCAGCAACAAAAGAAAAUUACCUUUUUUUAAAUUUAGCUAACCAACCAUUCACAUGAUUUUACAAAUUUUGUAUUGUUUAUACUUACCUGCUUUAACAUUAAACUACUGUUAAACAAUUUAUUUCAAUUUUUUAAAAAUAUCUUUGGGAAUUAGCGCAGUAUAAUCGAAGACGUUUACUGUAUUGAUGAUUGAUUUACUUUAUUGAUGCACAACGAAGUUGUAUAAUUGUUAGAUUGGUUAAGCAAAUUCAAGCAUCAAGGGUACUGAUCAAUGGUUUUUAACAUUAUAUUUUCUUAAUGAGUCCAUUGGUAAAAUGUAAAAACACUGGAAUGGCUAAAUUUCCAUCGACUGCUUAUGUUUUUUUCCGCAUGCUCACUUGAAAACAAUUACAGGGUUAUACUGUAGUUCACAGUUGCAAUACUUGGUUAGGUUAGUUACAUAAGUGCUGUUAAAUCAUGAAAAUGGUUAGGGAAAGGUAACUUCUUUAUAACUACUGUAAAAUGGUGUAAGCUAUUAUUCUUUAGGUAAGUUUACCUAGACUUUAAAAAUAAUUUAUUUGGCGAAGUACAUAGUACUAAGAAUUACUAUUUAUCAAAUUUGGUUUGUGUGGAAAAGUUGUUACUCUAGGAAAUUUCUGAAUCCAUCUUUGUAGGAAUAUAAACUAAUAUUAUUAGAAACAAAAAAAAAAAAACAAUGUGUGGUAUAUUUUAAUUUUCUAACACCCUCUGAACUCUGCAGUUAUGCGAUUACCGAUAAUAAUUGUAAAUCAUUGCAAUAUACAUCCGACACAUUUUGUAGUGAUUUCACAACUGUACUAUGAAGUAAUGCCAUCGACUGCUGCAAAAUAACAUGCUGACAUCUUUUCUCGUGUAGGCAUUUUGUUGAUACAACUAAAAUAUGAGCAUAUAGGAUAUAUAUAGAAUCUUACAAAUUUUGGUAACCUACCUACUAAUACUCUCCCCAAAGACUUUGGUUUGAUACUUAAAAAAAAAAAAAAAAAAAAAAAAAAAAAUGAACUGCUCAUGUAACAUGCAUUACGUGAAAUUAAUUCUUUUUGUAAACAUUUUGCUUGAGUCAAAGCCUAGAUUUGCUUAAGCUAAUAACAAGCAAUUACAUCACUUGAGGCCCUGAGAAACAUACUUCUAAAAUUGUGUAGUUACUUGGAUUGUUAAAUACCUAGUUUUUCUGCAAUAAUGGGCACAAGAGCAAUAGAAUUAUGUUUUUCAUAUAAUUUUUUUUCACAUAAAUGAGUUUUUGUCAAAAAGUAUUUGGAAAAAAAUUACUGUUUGAAAGGACAAAGAAAAAUGUUAAUUGUAGUACAUAAAUGAGAAUUUACCAAAAUAUUGAGGGCCUGUAUUACCACCUCCUGAUAAAGUUCUGGAUAUAACUUAUCAGCACGAUAGCUCUAAAAUCCGUAUUACGACCUGCUGAUAUCGCCUAUCUACCUGACAAAGUUCCUGAUAAGUUGUCAGGUACUUCGACUACCUGAUAUAUCCCUAUCAGCAAGUUAAAAGAAGUAGCUGAUGACAAUGGCGGCACGUAGGAGACGUAUUAUUAUUGAUAGCGAUUCCGAUGAUGAAUUAUUUUUGGAUGACAUGCUUCAGCAUGUAAGAAGCGCAAAGAAAAUUAGAGAUCGACCCGAUAAUCUUGAAGAAUGGAGUGAAGAGGAGUUCUUUAUGCGCUUCAGGAUAACCAAGCAAACAACACGCCAUUUGAUGAUUGAAAUCAACGACUUUAUUAAAUUCCGCACCGACAGAAAUUCUGCAAUAUCACCCACCAACCAACUUCUGCUGACGUUACGCUACUAUGCGACAGGCGGAACACUCACUUCUGUGGGAGAUUUUGCUGGGGUACAUAAGACCACAGCUGGUAGGGUGGUCAAACGCGUUAGUGAGGCAAUUGCGUUUCUGCGACCCCAGUAUAUUAAGUUGCCGCAGACAGAAGAAGAAAUAGAGCAAGCACAAGUGAGUUUCUUCCAAAUAGCAGCUUUUCCCAGAGUUGUUGGGUCCAUGGAUUGCACACAUGUCAAAGUGAAAUCUCCAGGUGGUGACAUGCCUGAAGAAUUCAGAAACAGGAAAGGUUACUUUUCCAUAAAUGUUCAGACGGUAUGCGACUCAAAACUUAAAAUAAGGGACAUUGUAGCACGUUGGCCAGGGUCAACACAUGAUGUUACCAUUUUUAAUAAUAGUGUGUUGAAGGCAAGGCUUGAGAGAGGAGAUUUCAGAAAUGGUGUAAUCAUCUGUGAUUCUGGUUAUGGCCCCAGCUUACAUCUCCUUCCUCCUUUUCGAAAUCCCCGUACUCCUGCUGAAAAUCUCUACAAUGAAGCUCUGAUUAGAACGAGAAAUACAGUGGAAAGACAGUACGGAGUGUUGAAAGCUCGCUUUCCUGUACUUGCACUAGGCAUACAGUUACAACUUGAAAAUGUUCAAGCUGUAAUUGUAGCAUGUGCAGUGCUACAUAACAUUGCCAUUGACAGUAAUGAACCUGAACCACCAGUUGACCUUGCUGUUCAAGCAAGGGUUAUCCGAGCCAUUGAGGAUGGGGAUAUACCUUUGCUUCAAGAAGUUGGUGGUCCGGAAGCUGCAAGGCAGACAUUUGUUCAAUAUUUUGAAGGUCUGAGAUGAGCUUUUGUUAUUAUGUUGAAGAGCAGUGCACACCAUAUUGCAUUUUGUACUAGGUUAGCUACAGUUAAUAGUGUUCAGUUUUAUAAUUCUUGAUUUGCAUGGAAUAUUUUCUUCCAUAGAUUUUUUUUUUCACUUACUGUAGUCUGUUUUGAAACAAUUGCUGUAAAAUUUAGUCAUCCAGUCUUAAGUAACUUCAUUGUUAAAGUUAAUUGCACACUUUAAAACGGUGCUACUUUAAUUUUAGAAGGCUGUUUUAUUGGUUUGCCUGCAAAGUAUGUUGCUGAACUUCAGGUAAUAUAAGCAUUUAUUUUUGUCAAUGAAAAUUGUAAUUUUCCACCCAAUCUUAUCUCAGGACCAUAUUACAGUCUAUCAGUUGUAUGAUAUUUUUGUUAAAUGUGAGGCAUGGGUGUCAGCUGGCUUAUUUAAAUAAAAUGUAGCCACUACUUCAACUUUUUAACCUUAUAAAAAAUUGCUGUAUGAACUUAAAUAAAUUAUAAUUUUGUUAAAGAUCAGACCAGUGGCAGUGAGAAAAGUUCUAGUGCACCAUCAAUCAUCCAUAAGCUAAGUUUUGUUAGUUAAAUUUUUGUAUUAGACACCGUGAUAUUUAUUUCAAACUUUUUCGAACUGUGGAAGGUGGAAUAUUGUAGAUUCAUUUCCAUGUUGUUAAAUACACAUGUUCUUACACAACAUGAAGUCAUUGUAUUCCCACACUCUUUAUAUUUGCAUACAUAAGUUUAUGUAUUCAGGUAGCUAUUUAAGUUUUGUUUUGAUAUACCUAGAUAACUGAAGUUAAUAACUGAACAAUUAAGACUGUUCUGUACCAUGUAGAAUUUGUGAAACAAAUCUUUUAUGUCAAUUGCUAUUUAACGUAUCUAGUAAGCAGCAUAAUUUGUUAAUGUGUUAAGUUAUUGUUGUAAUAAUGUUUCUUUUCUUGCAGUGCAUCAAUUUUUGUGGGUACAAUACCUUUGAACAGUUGGAAAACUUGUGAACCUCCCAUUUCUGAUUGCAAGUAAUAGUACAUUUUGAAGCCACUAGUAGAAAGUAUUAGCAUCCAAAGUAAAUUUUUCACCUUUUAAAAGUUGUAAAAAGAAAGAUUGCUAUGGGGACAUAAGCAAAUCAACCGAUAUUAAAUUAAUGCCAUAACAGCAAUAUUUAUGUAAGUGUUAUUCAAAUUAGGCUAUGUAACAACCAAAAAUUUUGUUAUCUGGAUUUGAUAUGCUUCCUCUGCCACAAAUUUCAGUUAUGUCAGAAUUUCGACAAAGUAAAACCAAACUUCAUUUUUCUGUAUUUCAGAAAUCUCUAGAAGUUCAUAUUUUUUGUGCUUUGUUCGUGUGAUGGUAACUUGUGUUCUAUGAAUGUGACAUUAAUUAUAAAUUACCUUGUGUUAACUAGUUGGUAUCACAUUGGACAUUGAUUUGUUUUUGCAUUUGUUCCAUGUUACCAUAACUACUUUAAAAAAUAUUUUAAAUUUUAUUCCUGAUGUAAAGCAUACUAUAAAUGAGUUUGUGAUAUUUAUUAUGUGCAAAUCAAUUACCUAAGUAGAGAAAAUAUAUACUUUAACAAUCUAUUUAUUAUGUUAUUAUAUUGUGAAUAAUGGUUAUGUUGGCUAGUAAGAAAUGAUAUUGUCCCAUUUCAAGGUUGAGUUGUGUUUUUAAUGUGAUGAUAUUGUAGAUUUAAUUUCAUUGUAAUUAAUGUAUUUUGUAUGAUUUAUUUUCAUGUGUAUGGUAAAAGUCAUAUCAAAACUCAAAAUUUCUAUACCUGCAUGUUUUGGCUUUGUUUAAAAUGAGACUGUUAUGAAAGUUAUACAUCUUAUGCUCCAUGGUUAUUGUGCAGAAAAAUUCAACAGACCUUCUCAAAAGGCAUUUAUCAAAUCUUAUGGAUGCAGGAGUUCAUUUCUUGUUAACAUCAGACUUUUAAUUUACAUAAUGCUUUUGGUAAAAUAACCUAUUAGAAAAAAUAUUGGAUUAAUAAAUAUUUGGAUCAGCAAACAUGUACACCACGACAGUUAAAUGUGUAUACAAUAGCUACUUUCCGCCUCGUCAGGGGUGUAUGUGUGUUAGUGAGGCGGGAUGAUAAGCGCGACGCUCGAUGGUAUUUCUAGCGCGGUAUCGCCUCUAAGCGCAAGGCUCUGAACUGGCGCGCAGUCUUCUCGUCGUCAAUUGAUAACUGUGAAAUUUGUGCGGUGACCGUAUUUUUAUAUUACGGGGAAAUGAAGAUAAAGGUGUAAUGCAAGCCCCUUAAGUGCUUUCAAGAAUCUGUACCACUUGUUUUACACCUAAAAAUUACUCUGAAAACAUGCGUUUCAGCCAUUUUAACUCUUCUAGAAAUACAGUUUAAAAACAUUAUCCAAAACUAAAAGUACUUUUCGGGCCUCAGCGAACUCUUAAAUGCUAUUCGUAAAUAGGCCCCACUCGGAUAUCUUGAGUAGUUUUGAAAUCGCGUUGUUUUUCCUGAAGCUCUGCAUACCGUGUGUGUGACCAGGUAGGCGGGCCCCUUAACAGUCCAAUUAACAGAAAUCCAAGAGAAGCAAGUGUAAAUGCAUACGAAAAUUUACACAUUGUGUUUAGGUCACCACACUUCUACUUGCAUCUAUUUCAUCCAAUGUGGUAGUAAGGAAGAUAAAAAUAAAGUGCACUUAUAACCUUAUAUUUUAAUUGAUAAACAAAAUAUUUACAUAAAUAAAGUUUAUAAUGUUUUGUUACAUAAAAAAAUUAAACAAAAGAGAUGUUAAGCACCAAUUGUAGUUUUUGUUUUAUUUUUUCAAAACAGAAUGCUGCACAGACGAAGCCAAUCACUUUCAAAUUUUUUCUCACUCAUUCAACUCGUACAUCUGUCAGUCAAGAAUUGCUCGCACCUCGGGCGAUGAAAAUAAACGCAAAAUAACAUAGGUUAAGCCCUUCAGUAACAUUAUACUGUAAGUGCACGAAAUCAGUGCAGCCUCAAACCUGGCCGCACCCAGCGAAAUGGAAUUUUGCCAUGAGCCAAACGCUGACGUCGGUAGCCGCAAUUUUUAGUUAAAUGUCCAAAAAAAAAAAAAAGAUUAAUUUAUUAUCUUUGGCAUGGCUCUCGCUACCGACGUUAAAUUUGCCCUCCUUAAAAUCUCUACAUCUUGGGUAACGCGCCCUCCUGGUGCAGCGAUCGACAGAUGACUGGUGAAGUCAUGGCACUGGUUCCUUCACGCAGGAAAGGCAGUCACAUGACCUCACCGACCUAUCACAUACACUCUUCAUUCACACUUACAAUUACAAGCCAAUCAGAACACAGAACAUAUACACUGAAAACCAUUUUAACACAUAGAAACAGGGGAUUCACUUUCUCCUACUCUCUCCAACAUCAUCGGAGAGUAGUUCUCUCCGAGUUCCCACGCAGUGACAAGAUAUUGUUACAGUCUCUCUCUUACUGGGGAAUUACAGUUUCUAUCUCACUCACACUCGUAGGUCCCAUAUACCUGUCUCUUUCUAUUACAUCCCACACAAAGUCCAUUGUUUUAGAAUAUUAUGUAACACGUUAAUGAAAGUUAAAAAAAACAACAGUCCUAAUACAAAUUACUUAACAAAAUUAAACUUAUUUAGAAAAAACCUGAAAAAGUAGGCCAAAACAGGUAAACAAACAUCUAGUACGACUUAUUUGUGAACAAUUACAUAAUUAAUAGUAAUGAUUGAAAAUGUCUGUUAAAAUACAAAGUACAGUAUUAAAACACACAGCAAGUGCAAAUAUCAACCCUUAAAUACAUAAAACCGGUAAAAUAUUCUUGGAGAGACUUUUUUAAGAAAUGUUUACAGGCAUGAAAACAAUUUAAAAGAAAAAUAUUUUGCUAGGAGGGCAGGGGUCUUGCAACGUUACAAGUUGAAUUAAUUUUACAUGUUUGAAAAGGGAAUGUAAACUGAAGAUGGUCACUGUAUGAACAGUAGAAAAUAAAAUUAACACUUAUGCUUGUCUUCCAUUUCCUGUAAAGUUUUUUUCCUUAUCAUAAUGUCCAACUCAAGUUUCUCUAAUACUUUCUUUUUUAUCUCCAUUUCAAUUUUGUGAAGCUUCUCCUCCCUCUCUUCUCUGGCCUCAAACUCUUUUCGGAGUAGCUCCUGCUGACAAAGCGCAAGGUUUCUUUUCUCCGUUGCCCAACCGCUGAGCCGCUCCCCAUUCAUUGAUAAUGGCCGGUCAUGGAAUGCAGGCCGUUUCCUCUGCAUACUUCUUGACGCUAAGAAAACAAAUCAGUCGUGUUUAAUAGCCUAAAAUCUUCAGCAUUCACAGGUGUUGUUGGAACUUUGAAUUAAUUAGAUGAUGUAAAUUUCAAGUAAUAUUUUAAAAGUCAAGAAAAACUGUUGAUAAUGUACCAGGAAAAUAGGCCAAAAAAUAAUUUGCUUUAAAAUGUAUUGGUUAGAGCAAACCAUUGCAGCAUAGAGUAAUAAUUUAGUAAUAAUUUUUGACAUAAAUUAACUUUAACUAAGUCUUUAAAAAGUAGCACUAAUGCAGUGAUUUAUAUUUAGGAAUAAAAUAAGAGUGGGUUAGAGAGUAAACAAAAAAAUACUAAUGUAAAAUUUUUUAAGAAAUCUUGAAAUAUUAUAAACAUUGUCUAUAUUACAAUAAACAACCUUCUAUACAUACAUACAUUUUCAUGCAUCUGCGUGGAAAAAAGUGUUGCUGGCCAGGCAAGCUUCCCCAGACAGUGCACUGUAAUGUGGUUUGUGAUAAAUUAAAGUUUCUCUAUAUUAUAUAA